CAGAAGUCACAUGAUUCUUGUCAUCUUGCGUCCGAGUAGGAAGUGCAGCGAACAACGAGGCACUGGGGAACAUGGAGAGAUACGACAAAGCUGCGCUAAACGCUGCCGAUGUGCCGCCCCCGUCGUUCAGUCAGAAUGGAGGCUCAUUGGUGUCUACUUUAAAGACUCUUCUCUUCUUUACCAUCUUAAUGAUAAUGUUGCCAAUAGGCCUCUACUUUUCAUCAAAGGUCUAUGUGUUUGAAGGUACAUAUGGCAUGUCUAACAGAGACAGUUACUUUUACGCAGCAAUUGUGGCAGUGGUUGCCGUGCACGUGGUCUUGGCUAUGUUUGUAUACGUGGCAUGGAAUGAAGGCUCUCCGCAGUGGCGCGAAGGAAAACAAGACUAACGCCUCCCUUCUUCACAUGAAACUUGGAAUAGUUUGCAUUUUUCAUUUAACGCUAAGUUUGUUUGUAAAUGUCGAGGAGUUGUACACACUGUAACAAGGGACGUUUGUGUAUAUUUUUUGCAAUAUGUGUUGACAUUUCCUAAACUAUUUCUGCCGCCAUUUCAGAUUUAUGCUUUAGUGAUAAGCCCUGCCUAGCUCAAGUGUUUCCUAGAGUAUGUGCCCCUUCCAUACUUGUCUAUAUGUAAAGCAGAAAAAUGUUGGUCUAUUUCCAAGCAUCUGUUGUCCAACCCAACCCAACUUACACUUAAUGUGAUCUGUUGGUGACUAAUGUGCUGUAGUCCUUUUAUUCACUGAAGUUGGAAAUGUUAAAAUGAUCUUCCUAAAUAAACUGUUUUCCA